AAUGUUCUCUCCUCGCCCUACCCCCCCAAAGCUCGACAGAAGUAGCAUAGCUGAAGUGAUAGUGAACUCGGACUCAUCAAACGGCACGCGAGACUGAACUUGGCAGCAAUGGCCAGCUCGGAGGAAGCAAAGCUCGAGCUCUUUCUCGCAUGGCUACAGGCGAAUGGCGCUGAACUACGAUGCUGUGAGAUCCAGUACUGUGGCCCCAAUAAAGGAUUUGGCAUUUUCUCAUCCAAUAACCCUCCUGAUGGGGUUUUCCUUGUUGUUCCACUAGAUUUAGCUAUUACUCCAAUGAGAGUUUUGCAAGAUCCUCUAAUUGGAGCAGAAUGUCGAGCAAUGUUUGAAGAAGGAGAAGUGGAUGACAGAUUUUUGAUUAUUUUAUUCUUGACAGUGGAGCGCCUCCGUACGAACUCUCUGUGGAAGCCGUACCUUGAUGUGCUGCCUACCACAUUUGGGAGCCCACUUUGGUUCACCGAUGAUGAGUUCUCGGAGCUGACAGGUACAACUUUACAUCAUGCAGUGGAGUUGCAGAGAAAACAAUUGCGGUCUCUGUAUGAAGAGAAGGUGAAGAGCUUGGUGAAAAAGUUUCUUUCUCUUGAUGGGGAUACAGAAAGAGAUGUAAGUUUUGAAGAUUUCCUUUGGGCCAAUUCCAUAUUCUGGACCCGUGCUUUAAACAUUCCUCUCCCACGUUCCUAUGUUUUUCCAGAAAAGGAAUUGGAUGGGAGGUUUUCCAAUAAUGACAAUUCAGAUGUUUCUAAUCAUGAGGUUGCUUUUAAAGAAGUUGCUGAUGCAGAGGAUCAGAAAAAAUCCAGUGGCCAUGUGGCUGAUGGCAUAGUCACUGAAGCAGCCUAUGUGGCGGUGCAAGAUGAAACCGUUUGGGUUGAGGGUCUUGUACCUGGCAUUGACUUCUGUAACCAUGAUUUACAAGCCGUAGCAACAUGGGAAGUUGAUGCAACAGGAUCUACAACAAGAGUUCCUUUCUCCAUGUACCUUCUUUCUGCUGAACAGGGUCAAUUCCAGAAAGAAAAAGAGAUUCGUAUAAGUUAUGGUAACAAAGGCAAUGAGGAGCUGCUAUACCUCUAUGGAUUCGUCAUUGAUGAUAAUCCAGAUGACUAUUUAAUGGUCCAUUAUCCAGCAGAGGCAAUGCAAAGCAUUCCCUUCUCAGAAGCCAAAGCACAACUUCUUGAGGCACAGAAAGCUGAACUGAGGUGCCUUCUACCUAGAAGUUUGCUGGAUCAAGGCUUCUUCCCAAGGAGGGCCUCAAAAGAUAAAGGUGAUAACAAACAAGAAAUAGAAAGAGCUGCCAACUUUAGCUGGAGUGGUCAACGCAGAACGCCCUCCUACAGAAACAAGCUAGUUUUUCCAGAGAAUUUCUUGACUGCUUUGAGAACUAUUGCAAUGAAAGAAGAGCAGCUUUCUCAAGUUACUCACUUACUUGAAGAGCUUAUUGGAUCUGGAGAGGAACGGGAACCAUCAGAUACAGAAGUUCGAGGGGCUGUCUGGGAAGCGUGUGGGGAUUCUGGGGCCCUGCAGCUGCUUGUUGAUCUUCUUCAGACAAAGGUAAUGAAUUUGGAAGAGGGUACUGGAACCGAGAUGUCCGAUGUUGAUCUGCUGGAAAAAGUCCACAUUUCAGAAAUUCCUGAAAAUCACACUAAGCUUGACAAUGUGUUAAGGGAAAUUAAUGACCAAAAGGAGCGAACCGCGAUUAGCAGGAACCGAUGGUCCGCCAUAGUGUAUAGGCACGGGCAGAAGCAACUGGCGCGGUUGUUCCUCAAGGAAGCGGAACAUGCACUGCAGCUCUCUCUCAGUGACGGCAACUAAGAUUGCCUCCAUUCCUAGAGAUAUGUCAGGAUUCUCAGCAGGACAUGAUAAGGCGAGUCCCGAUGAGGACAGACUCGCAGAACUGCAGAUCAGUCAUCAAGCUAUUAUGUGUUACAUAUGUCCUCAUUAUUUCAAUCGACUAACAAUGCACUGAACUCAACAUUUGUUUGGCCGGCUUUGAGCAAGAAGCAGUGAUGGAUACGACACUGUCCUCCUAUUACACGAAACGUCGCAUGAUAUACAAAAUUAAUGCAUAUACAAUGCGGUUUGGUAAAAUAUUAUAUGUACCGGAGGAGAGGUGACCGGCGGAGAUGGAGGAGAUAAGGGAGAAGCAAGUGACAAUGGCGUCGAGCCCAGCGUACACAAUGCUCUUCACCAACUCCCCCUUCCACGGCUCUUUCGGCCUCCCCCUCUCCACGUCGUCGUCGUCGUUGUCGUUGUCGUUGUUCCUCUUGUUCUCUCCUGGUCUGAGCAGCCGUGUACGGCCAUUCGUGUCUGUACUGUUCUCCGUCAUUUUCCAGUCGAAGUGCGUCAUCAUUCCAGCUCCUGUUGUGUCAUGGAGCUGUUCCUUUUGUGCAUUUUACAGUGUCUCAGCACGACAAGAAAAUGGUCCCGAGACUCUGAGAGGGUGAAAGGGUGUCAAUCAUGCGAUGUCCUAUCUCGACACGUAUUAUUGUUAUACCAAGUGUCAGUAAAGAAAAGCUCAGCUUGUGAUUUCA